UAUCCAGUGCGCCAUUUGAGACAGAGCCGCUGUGUUGUGAAGGCAGCAGUACGGUUUGAAACUUGACUUAGAAAAGAAACGCAGCUUCAAGUGACACAACCUGAGUGCUGACACAAUCAGGGGUCAAAACUAACACUAACUAUGGGAAUAUCGUCCAGUCUUCUGGAUGAAAAUAAACACAACUUCAUUAAAGGUUGGGCGCAGACGGAGCUGAGGCAUUUUGCAUCGAUCUACAAGAAACAGUACUCUUUGGCCUUUCUCUCCCACGUCCAUGAUGAGUUGGUGCAACGGAAACAAGAGCAUACUCAACUCCUUAAACAGCGGGAUCCCCCACAGGAAGCAGAGGUGGUCUACCAGGAGCCUGUGCUCUACUUUUGUGAUAACAGGAAAUGGAAGGAGAGGUUUGUGGUGGUUCGUGCCAAUUACUCUCUGGAGUGCCAUGAGAGCUAUGAGACGUUUAUCAAAGGCAUACCACCACUGUACAAGCUGCCAGCUACAGGAGGCACUAUUCUGACCACAGAAGAGAAAUACAUGGAAGUGGUAGACAGAUGCUUUCCAGAUACUGACAAUGUGAAAGAGGAAUUUGCCCCUCCAGUGGUGGGUAUGCCAGGCCAGUUUCCAGUGUACCUCCGACUGCCAUACCAGAGAGACUACUACUUCUGCUUCCUUCAGGAGGCUAAACAAGCCACGUUUAUCUCGGUGUUAUCUGACUGCAUUCGCCACCAGAAUCAAGACUUCUUAAAGAAGAAGACGUAUGAAGUGCAGGCCUUCGUCAAAGCCAUCCAGCUCUACAGGCAGGACAAGGGCUACUAUGAAGAAUGGGAUAUGCUGAUAGGCAACGAUGUGCAGAUGCUGACUAAUCUAACCAUUGAGGAGCUGAUGCCGUUUUUAGAGAAAGACAUGCUUACUCGUCUGAAGGCCAAGAAGAUGGACAAGAAGAGAAUGUGGUUUGCUACAAUUGAGGCAGCGUACAUCCUGGUACAGGAGACUAUGAUGGAGGGCAUGGCUGCUCUAAACGAUGAGUGUCGAGAGACAACUAAGCAGCAGAGUGCACUCAUGCGCUCAGAUAUGGAUCAGAUCAUGAGUUCCCAAGCCUUUCUGGAGAACAAGCUCAGAGCCACAGUAGCCGAGCUGGCUACCGAAUACUGCAAAAAUAACAUUGAGCCUCGCCUGCCGGCCAUGCUGGAGGAGAUGAUGGGGCCCAUCAGCUUGGGCUUUGAGGAAGCACGCCAGGUCAGCGAGAGAAUGAUGGAAUACCUGUGCAAGAAUUAUCAGGCGGGCUUGACCAGAGAAGAGCUGCAACAGGCUUUGGUGGAGAUGAGUAAACCAGACUUAAAGAGCUGUUAUGAGAAAGUAAGUGGCCUGAGGGAUCAGAUCCAUGAGUUCAGCUACCCAAACUGUAGAGGACUGGAGCACAGCACACAGAUUGAUAUACAACAGCUGGUGGACAACGUGUCCUACACUUUUGCACUACUUCUGAACAAGUCUUUGGAAGACGACACCAACCUAUUAGAUGCCAUGACAAAAGCCAAACAGAGGGUGCUGAAGCAAUAUGACUACGACAGCAGCACACAGAGAAAGAAGAUUUUCCAAGAAGCUCUGCUCAGCAUCACUCUACCCAGUGUCAAAGCUUUUCUAGCUCCUACGUUCAAAAAGGAACUGCCGAACUUUGAACAGUACAUAUUUGAUGAUUAUGUAAAUUUCAUCAACGUGGAAAAUGUCUAUGAGGACAUAUUGCGGCAGAUACUAGAGCAGGACAUUGGAAAUGUGGUAAAGGAAGCUGCAAGCAUGAAAAAGUACAACUUAUUUAUGGAGUCCAGGUACCGUUUUAGUGUUUCCAGCAGGUACUUCUCUAUGCCUGACAGCCCAGACUACAACAGCUCACCCACAACAGAGCUCAGUUCUCUGCCAUCCUCCCCUUUGUUGAGUCAUGGCCUAAUGGUGACUGGAGAAGAUCCAGGUGUGGCUGAGAAGGAGGUGGAGCAGGAAGAGGUUCAGGCUCAUACACAACCAGAGCUUAUUAAGGUACCUGCUGGUGAAGACCCAGGCAUGUCUGUGAAGACGGUAGAGCAGGAGGUCAUCAUUGAGGCACAUGAGCAGACAGAACUUAAUAAGGUACCUGCUGGUGAAGACCUAGGCAUGUCUGAGAAGACAGUGGAGCAGGAGGUAAUCUUGGCCCAGCAGGUAGAGAUUCAAGCACAAGCACAAUCAGAACCUAUUAAGGUAGAAACAUCUGUGAAAGCUGAAAAAGAUGACAAAGUGGAGGAUUACAGAAUGCUAGAAGUGCCUGUUACUGCUGAAACUGAGAUACGAGUCACACCUGACACUCUUAUAGAGCACACAGUAGUUGUGGAGGACAUGCUUGUUGCCACUCAAAAUUUGGAGGAGAAAAUGUUCACAGGGGCUCCUAAUGUAGUGGCCAUAAACCCAGAGACAUUGCUAGAUCCAGCUAGCUACUCAAGCAUAGAACCUGCACUGAAACCUGCAGGUCUUCCACUGCUCCAGUCUAGUCCACCAGUCCAAGAUAAUCCUUCAGUUGGGGCUAGUGCUCCGAGCCAGGAUGAUCCUACACCUGUACAGGCUAGUCCUCCUCCAGUCCAUGCUAGCCCUUGUCCCACUCAGGCUAGUCUUCCUCCAGUCCAGGCUAGUCCUACACCAGUCCAGGCUAGUCCUACACCAAUCCAGGCUAGUCCUAUACUAGUCCAGGUGAGUCCUUCACUAGUCCAAGCUAGUCUUUCACUAGUCCAGGUUAGUCCUUCUCCACUAGUCCAGGCUAGUCCUUCUCCUCCAGUCCAGUCAUGUCCACCAGUCCAGGCUAGUCCUCCACCAGUCCAGGCUAGUCCUCCACCAAUCAAGGCUAGUCCUACACCAAUCAAGGCUAGUCCUACACCAGUCCUUGCUAGUCCUUCACCAAUCCAGGCUAGUCCUCCUCCAGUCCAGUCUUGUCCUCCUCCUGUUCAGGCUAGUCCUACAUUAAACCAGGCUAGUCCUACAUUAAUCCAGGCUAGUCCUACACCAAACCAGGCUAGUACUCCACCAGUCCAUUCUAGUCCUCCACCAAUCCAGGCUAGUCCUCCAUUAGUCCAGGCUAGUCCUCCACCAGUUCAGGCUAGUCCUCCACCAGUCCAGACUUGUCCACUAGUCCAGGCUAGUCCUCAAAUCAGGACUAGUCCUCCUCCAGACAGAUCUAGUCUUUCUCCAGUUCAGGCUAGCCCACUAUACCAGGCUAGUCCACCAGUCAAUCCUACCCCUACACUGGCCCAGACUAGUCCACUAGCCCAGGUUAGUCUUCCAGCUCAGAUUUGUCCACCAGACCAGGCUGGUCCUCCAGUGGUUCAAGCUAGUCCACCAGUCCAGGCUAGUCCACCAGAGGGAGACACAAGGCCCAUGGACCAAGUGUUGCAAAGUGAAAGUGUCAAAUGUAUCUCUGCAGAGAGUGAAACAGAGAGUGCAGCCAGCAUUAGUUCAUCUGUAGAAACUGCUCCAGAUGUGCCAGGCUCUUCAGGCGUACAACUCGUAGUGGCACAAACCAGCAACAACAGUGAAGACGUCAAUGUUUCAGUGGAUGACCUCACUUCCCUCAGACCUCCUAGUUAUGAGGUCAUAGUGAGCAACGUGACAGACUUUUCUGAUGAUUCAUCUUGGACCACGGAGGAGGAGGGUGAUAGCAUUGAGGAAGAUGAACUGACAAUGGACACCACAGCAGAUAUGCCAAAACCCGAGGUCUGUAUCACAGUGAAGUGUGAAACUAUGUCAGAUGUUAGUGCCAGUGUGACUGACAAUACUGCAGAUCCCAAAACUGAAGCAGCCAGACCUUUAGAUUGCAUCAAGGAAAUCCGUGAGCUUGUGGUGGAAGUGAUUGAGGUGGAGGAGAUAGCUCAGCACUACCCUGACAAAGGAGAGGUCCACUUAAACACACAGUGAAGGAGAACGCUGUGUUAAUAUUUAUAAGAGACUUUCUGAACAAUCUGACAUACCGAGUAGUUAAAAACGCUGUCAUGCCAUGACUUAAUGAGCUUAUUUCUCUAUUAAAGUCAUUUGAGUAGUUUAAACAGUUUAUACAUGUGAGUAGAAAGCAAAGUGGGUUUUAAGUUGUUUUAUAAUUGUUUUGGAUUGACUAAGGACUUUAAGCUGCUGUUGAAAGAAUGCCUUUGUUUGUCGUGCUGGUGUUAUAUGCUUUCAUGCCCACAAAUGAAUAAUCGUGUUCAAAGCAGGGGGAAUAAAAAUAUGUAAGUUGUGUCUCAAAAUAAUGAAUAAUGUUUCAUGCAUUUUCAAUUUCUUAUUUGUAUUUAAUAAACCUCUUAAAUACGAA